UUAUCACUUGAAGGCCAGUGAAUGUAUACGUGUUGUAUCACUCGAGAGCACUAUUUAUUUCUUGGAAUAAGAAGUCGCCAACCACAUUAUGUUGUAGUAUGCUGAUAAGAGAUUCGUCACAUCCACACUGUUUUGGUGCUUCGUGCGAGUCACCUUUAUCGUGAACAUACUGUGAAUUCAGAAAUGGACACUAUACGAAAGCUGGCAUCUUCCAGCGGAAUAGGAGGGGGAGGAAGCCGCCAAGAAGAUAAAAAGGGAGUUGGUGGUGACGACGAAGACAAGCGUCCCAAACGCCACCUCAAGGACUAUAUGAGACACAAGUACAAAGGACGCAAAGCAGAUGACGACGACGACGACGACGACAACGAUAACGAAAAGAAAAUGCCCCAUUACAAGGAGAUGAAAACCAGCAGAAGACGCGAACGGCCGGACGGCAUUGAAGACGUACCUUAUCAUUACAUGGAAACGAUGUCCAGCAGAAGACGCCAACAGCCGGACUUUGACAUACCUUAUUACAUGGACAUGAUGUCCAGCAGAAGACGCGAACGGCCGGAAGACUUUGAAGAAAACACGUCUUAUCAUUACAUGGACAUGAUGCCGAUGCCCAGAGCCACAAGAAGACGCCCAAUGCUCGAGGACUACGAUUACCCCAUGGAUUAUUAUUAUCAUCCCAUGGACAUGAUGCCCAGAGACAGAGGAUACCAUUUGAGGAAACUAAGUGGCCGUCGUAACAUGUAUUUCAUGGACUACAUGAGCCCCUGGGGCAUGUCACCCCCCAUUAACAGGCGUAGGCGGGAACAAGAGGAGGAGGAGGAGGAGGAGGAAGGUGGUGGGGAAAGAUGGAUUUCGAUUCAAGUAUGUCACCCCGGACAAAUGGGAACCGCCGGAAAAGGUAGAUCCGGUGCAGGAGGCGGCCCCAUCGGAUCAGGAAUCGAGCCUCCAGGACAACACCAACACAAUAACUACAGAUGCUAUGCUCUACACUCUGCACACAAGGAAUGAAGACGAUAGUAUUGUCUCCCACACAAUUCUGCAAAUGCCCUCAAAGCACCCUGGUGGGGAAGCUUCGUCAGGAGACAGAACGUUCAACAUUUUGAUGGCUGAUGUUUCAGGAUCAAUGAGUUACACAUGGACCAGCAUUAAAGACAACUGGAACCGCUACGUAUCACCAAAACUGGAGGGGACAACCAGAAUAUUUACUUUUGGUAGCAAAGUACGAUUCAGAAGAGAAGGAACUACUCUCGAAGACAAGGACUUUUCUAAUGAAAGCACAGAACUUACAGGGGCUUUGCAGACCAUUUUAUCUCAAAUUUACACAUGUUCUCAGCAAUUUGUUAAUGUCUUCAUUAUCACAGACGGAGACCAUAACUGUUCCAAAGUGACUCCAAGUAGUAUUAUUGAGCAGAUGGAAGCGCAAAGUAGUAAAGUUUUUAAUAUAUUCUUACUAGGGGUUGGUAAUAAAUUCCCCGUUGAAUACAGCAUUAAUAUUCGCUCACGUCUCCACAAUGGGAGCUCGAACGUUCCUACAAUAUACUGGGCUAAGUUAAAAGAUGACAUAAAAGAACAAAUGGAAGCUAUUGGAAACAAGUUAAGCGAUAAUCCUUCUUUCUCAAUUAAACUGAACAGUUUAGGAUACAAGCUACCUGGACACACUUUAGGAUACAAGCUACCUGGACUGAGUCCAAAUGAUACAUUCUACUUGGGAGAGUUUGUUUAUUUCCCAGAUGAACCAAAGAACCAUACAGAAAUAAAUAUGCAGGCAGGUAACCACACAGUUACAAUCAAAUUAGAACCUACUAUAAUGGAUGUUGAGACAUUACUCAGAAUCUUCCGCCAAUGGAACACGAAUGUCAUUCAAAUGAAAUUCAGGAAAGAAAGUAUACCUGACAGUAUCAUACCCUUCAUGGAAAACUUAUAUGAAACCCUAACAGAAAAACCCAAAUCAUCUGCAGGUAAGUCUAUACGUGAAAGGAUUACAGCAGAAGAUAAAGGCAAAGAUAUGGAAUUUAGAACACUUAUUAAUAAGGUUAAAGAAAUUCUGACAAAAGAAAAAUUUGAAAAUCAGAUCGAGUUGGCAGAUAACAUUCUAAGCACCUCAGUGACUCGUACAAAAUACGAAGUGAAAACGCUGCAACUCAAGGGUCACACUGAUAAAGAAUUUGAAGAGGACUGCAAGGAAUUUUUAAAGAUUUAUGAUGCUCAUAAGGAAGCUUUUCUCAGGUUAGAGGUUCCCCCCGAGUGCCUCUGUCAAGCCACCCACCAGUCCACAUUAACUGACCUCCAAGAUAAGGACUUCCCAGAAAUACUAAAGAGAGAAAAGUUUGAAUUUCUCAAAAAAUUCACAAUUUCUGGUAUUGCAGUAUAUGCUCCCACCAGGGAUUCAGUCACACUGAACCCAUGGUCCUAUAGAAUUCAAAGGAUUGUGAAUGCUCCUUAUACUAUAAUGAGCCAGGUUAGUAUGGAAACCUUGGCCAAAGACCCAAAGGACACAGAUAAAGCAGUACACGCAGAAUCGAAUGAUGACAGCACAAGCUUUAAUGCCAUUGUUCCAGUUUUCCCACCAAACAUUGCUAAACAUCUUAAACCAAUUGUUCGAAGCAAAAUCUAUGCUAUGUGCGUGACGUUUGCCACACUGAAAAACCCACAUAUAAUUGAUUUUAAUGUACACAUGGCAACCCUGGCAGUUACAUGGGUACGAUAUCUAUUUGAAAACCCUACUCUCCCAAGGCCUGAAUAUGUGAAAGCUCAAAUGGAAAGUAUUGAAGCCACUGCUCAGUGCUACAUGGAUAGAAGAGGAUAUGCCACUUAUGUGGAAAUGUUGAAAGAUAAACCAGAAUUGGCACUGAUGACAGAAAGCACUGAAAAGAUUAAUAACAAGGCCAUUAUGUGUGAGACAAUAAUAAAACCAAUGUUCCUUCUCAAUAUGAUGCAACUUUCUGAUAAUAAAAUAGAUUCACAUCAAAUUGCAAAGAUAUUGAGGGUGAUCUUAUUAGAGUACAUUGGUCGUUGUCUCUCUCAUUAUAAAUCAGAAAAAGGAGAAGAAACCCCAUACACAGAUUAUUUUGCUAGUUCUCUUGAAGACAAAGAAAGAAAAAAACAAUUCGUUGAGGAAUUUGUCAAAAAUGCCAAAGAAGAAAUCUCAAGUUCAAAUAGUACUGACCUCAUAGAAAGUUACUACACUUAUGAAGAAGUUAGAAAAGCUGCCAAAAAACUUACCAAAAUCCAUCUAGAAUCAGUUAAAGAGAAGAUGAUUGGCACAAUCACAAUCGAAGUAAAUGCAGAAAAGGUUAAAGCAUUGAGAAAUGUUACUUCAGCUGGUGACGUGUCCUGGAACACACUUCAAACAUAUGCCUAUCACAUGGGACUUCAGGAAGAAGUAGUUAAUCAACUUUUCAGUCAAGAAAGCAUAUUUGUGUGCACAGCACAUGCUUUAAGGUAUAGAUCAUCAAGAGAACGCCUUGCUAGUAAUGUGGACGACUUUGAAACUUACAAGAAAUUUGUGGCUGAUGAAGUAAGAAAGGAAAAUUUACAAGUGUUGUCCAAACAGUUUCUUGAAUCUCUUCCACCAGUCAUAGCGGAGGAAUGGUUGAAGGAUUACCUUGACAUCCAUACAGAAGUUGUUGAACCAAUGACACCUCAACAAAUAGUACAUCAAGCACAGCAGCUAGGAGUAGAUGUAACAGAAGAAACUUUUGAGAAAGUGUACAAAAAAUAUCGCCCCCAAGUAGGUCUCCUGGGCAAUGCCUGCCAGACAAAAAGGUGCCCAUAUUAUCUCCAACCAAAGGAACACUACAACCAGCAUGCUUCUGUAGAACGCUUAAUGGGAAAAACACCUUUUAUUCAUGGAAUGCAUAAAAUUGUUAACCAAUACCACAGUCAUGAUUUGUCCACAAUUUUGAAAGAAAUGUCAUCAGGGGAACAUACAAACAAGAAGGAACCUAUCCCAGAAGAAGCUGUAUUGAAAUGGGAACCUGGGGUAAAAAAACUGAAAAGCAUAUAUUCUGAGCAAGAGGAAAUGAACAAACCCUCAUAAGCAUUUUUGUAUACUGUUGACCAUUCUCCCAACCUUUUUGUAUUCCCUUAUGAAUUGUACCCACCAUAUAUAAAUAAUAUAUAAAUAGCACUUAGCAUCUCCAGUGUUUCAAUUUUUCUUUGUGGCUGUAACUUUGUUCAUAUAAUCAUCAUGUUUUUUUAUUUCUUCAUGAUUUAAAUCACACACACACACAACAAUGACUUGUACCUUUAUGCAUGCUAUAAAAUAUUUUUUUUAUUCCUGUAUUUAGAUUUCUAUAUUCAUUUUUAUUCCUGUAUGUAAUUUUGUAUUUUUUUUUUAACCAAAAUGUAACAUAUUAAAUUUUUAACAUACAUUUAAGGAAACACUAACACAUUGCCUUGUAUUUUGAAUAUGUAUUUAACCACUGUUUAAACUUUCACUUUAAUUGCCACAGUACAUAUGUCCUUAUGUUCUUUGUAUCCAAAACAACACCCUUAAGGCCAGAUUGUAAGUCAGUAGUCGCUUGAUAAUGCCAUAAGUAGAAACAGCUGUCGCGACAAAAUCCAAUAAAUGGAAGAAGGAA